CGAGACUCCAUCACCCAACAAGACUCGCAUUAAAAAGACGACAGAAAGAGCGAAUUAUCUCCCUUAAUUCUGACUUUAUUUAAUACUUAAUACCGACUUUAAAGUACUAUGUCUCGUGGAAGGGAUCGGGAUCGCCGUCGGUCCCACUCUCGCAGCAGAAGUAGGAGCAGGAGCAGGAACCGCGAAAGCUCGCCUAAUCGUCGUGGUGUGUCAGAGGUCACUUCUGACCCCAAGACUGUUAAUGCAAGGAUCUUUGUUGGCAGCAUCAAUGCCUUCAUAACACGCGAUAUGCUUCAAGAAUACUUCUCACAGUAUGGCAGAGUUUUGGGGGUUUCAAUCACAAGGAACAAGUUUGGUUUUGUCCAGUUUGAAAAGGAAGAGGAGGCUGCUGCUUGUCUUAGGGCUGGAAACAUCACAUAUAUCAACCGCAACAGAGUUGAUGUGAAGCCAGCAAAAAUUAGUGGUGGUGGAGGUGGAGGACCAGGACCGGGACCAGGAGCAGGAGCAGGAGCAGGAGCAGGAGGGGUUUCUAAGUUAAACAAAUGUUACAGACGUGGAAGAGGUAAUGGCAAUGUAAACAGAGAUCGAGAGAAACAACGUUUGGGUUUGUCCAGUUUGAAAAGGAAGAGGAGGCUGCUGCUUGUUCUUAGGGCUGGAAACAUCACAUAUAUCAACCGCAACAGAGGGGGGGGUGUGGGUGGAGGUGGUGGAGGCGGAGGCGGAGGCGGAGGUGCAGGCGCAGGUGCAGGUGGAGGUGGAGGUGCGGGUGGAGGAAGUGGAAGUUCACAGGGAGGCCCAGGUAACAAGAAUGCAGGUGGUCCCCCAGGGGGGAAACGAGGCCGUUUCAGUGAGAACAGAGAGAGAUCUCCCCCGCCAGAUAGAGGCGAUGACUAUUAUGGGGACUACUAUGGACGUGGAAGAGGUAAUGGCAAUGUAAACAGAGAUCGAGAGAGAGACAGGGACCGGGCAGGACGAGGGCAUUAUGAUGAUAUGUAUGAUGACUACUACCGUGAUUAUUAUCAGAGAUAUGAAGAUGCUUACCCUGGUCCUGGCCCAGCUCCAGAAAUUGACGGGAGAACUUCACGCUCUUAUGCCUCUAACUACACAGAGCCUCUUGAUCCACUAGAUCCCAACAGGCCCAACGACGUGGAGAUUGUGGUUCCAAAUAAAAUGCAAAGAGAUUAUGCUGAGAGCAUUGAACAGCAGCUGAAGGCCGUCAACCUGCUGGUGGACCUCCUGUUCCCCCCGCCUGAUAUCCCCGCCACCCAAGUCCUACGUGACCUCAGCCAACGUAACUGCCUGUACGCGAUUUUCAUCACAGGAGAGAAUGAAAGCCAUAGGUCCCUCACUCUGAACAUACUCCAUGGCACUCCGCAAGAGCACCGCAACAUGCCGGUUGAUGAUGCUUUGCGUUUAAUUGAACAAAAUUUUGGAGAAUAUGUCAAGAAAGCCCGUCAACGGAAUAUUCGUGAAGUUGUGCCCCGAGAUAUUCGCAUUUUGAUCUGUGAUUUACUUGACUCGCGUCCGCUCUCCAUGGGCGACCUGGACAAGUUAAUCAAGUACCUGAAGGAACGGCAAAGCAUACUGGUUGAUGACCAGAUUGAACAGAAACGAGAGACUGCUGCAGGUGAGAUGAUAACAGGUUACCGUUUUAUGAUACAUACAUUUUUUUUCUAAUUUUUUUUUUUUUUUCUUUUUUUUUUUUUUUUUUAAUCUACAUAGUUGUGUUUUACCAUGCGACUGCGUUCUUUCAAAGAUGGUUCCAUUUCCCUUCCUCCAUGUGCGGUGGCUUGAACCUUCUGAUGACAGACGGUGCACAGUUUCAUCCUCUUACAAUGCAGACAUCUACUCUUUUCCUUUUUCCGUGUCUCAUCAUUUUUAUUUAUCUACCGGGUGUCAAAAGAGGCCCGAUCUACCGUUGGCAAUUGGUGUUUACCAACCCUUUUAGCAUCUCUUUGGAGCCACGUUUGCCUGUUUUAAGUGUGCAAGACCUCUUCCCUCCGUGUCGCGAAGUUCAGGGUGUUUUAGACCUCAAGCCCUGCUCUCUGAACCCAUCCCUGAGAGCUGCCGAUUGCGGAAACGGGCAACCUCCCAACCCCCACUGAAAUAGCCAUGCCUCUGAUGUGCAUUUGAUUAUGUAAAAAAAAAAAAAAAAGAAAAGAAAAAAAAAAAAGAA